CUCACUGAAGGAAUGCAUAAAUGAAUGAAUGAAUGUUUUUCUAAUGUCUUUCCUCAGGACCUGAACCACCAACAGAACUGCUGUUCAGCAACAUUACAGAAACGUCUCUCAUUUUGUCCUGGACCAAACCUAAAAGCACAGUAAAGGGAUUCAAAGUAACAUACACCAAUUCUGCAAAUGGGGUAACAGGAUCCAUGUCUGUUGACUCACAGUUGUCCCAUGUUCUCAUUUCCAAGCUGUCUGUUGGUUCCCGGUAUGAAAUUAGUAUCAGGUCUGUUAUGCGAGCAAUAAAGAGUGAAGCCACCACAGCCUCGGUUGUUACAGUACCUGACUCCCCUACUGACCUCCAGGCCAUGAACAUCACAGACAGCAAAGCACUGUUGGUAUGGAAGCCUGCUGAAGCCAAAGUCGAUAAUUAUAUCCUCACUUAUGGAUCAACAAGAUCUCCUAAUGUGACAGUGACAGUGAUGUUGUCUGGCAAUUCUGUGCAGCACCAGCUUAGGGGUCUACACAGAUCUACCCUCUAUGCAGUAAAGAUUCUGAGCCAAAUCAACAGUCUCCAGAGUAGCUCUGUUUCCACAACCUUUACAACAAAAAGCGGAGUAAAGCUGCAGGUAGUUACACCCAAUGAAGUCACCUGGAACUCUGCUGUGAUUUCAUGGAAGAGCACUCACAUAGCUUUCAGAAGCUAUAGGCUUACAUACCAGUUUGGAGAAGAGGUUAAGGAGGUGAUCCUAAAGCCAACUGUGUUCCAGUACAAGUUAACUGAUCUGGUGGCUUCUUCUCACCACACUGUAAAAGUAGAUGGAGAGAGUGAGGGACAGUAUAUCAGUGUGGUUUCCACUGCAUUUACAACAGCAAAAUUGCCUUACCCAUACCCAGUCGAAUGCUCCCAGGUGCAGGUGAAUGGCAUAAAGGAGUCUGGAGAGGCUGAGAUUUAUCCACAGGGUAAAGAAAGAGAGGCAGUGAGGGCCUACUGUGAUAUGGAGACUGAUGGAGGAGGCUGGACAGUAUUCCAGAGGAGAUUGGAUGGGUCUACUGAUUUCUUCAGAGAAUGGAGAGAUUAUAGCAAAGGUUUUGGAGAGUUGAGUGCAGAAUUCUGGCUUGGAAAUGACAUCCUUCAUGCUCUGACUAACACGGAACCAAUGAGCCUGCGCGUGGAUUUGCGCUUAGGAAAUGACACGGCCUACGCUCACUACUCCAACUUUUCUGUGGGGUCGGAGGUGAAUCACUACACCAUUGAGGUGUCUGGAUACUCUGGCACAGCUGGGGAUUCAAUGAGAUACCACAAUGGUUGUCCUUUCUCAACUAAUGACAAGGACCCCAGCAGUAAUGAUGUCCAGUGUGCAAAGAAAUACAUGGGAGGCUGGUGGUACAAGAACUGCUACAGAGCCAAUCUCAAUGGUGUCUAUGCAACCUUCUCCAAGGACCAGGGAGUGGUGUGGAUUGACUGGAAGGGCAAGGACAUCUCCCUCCCUUUUACCGAGAUGAAGCUGCGGCCUGUCUCUCUGAGCCACGUGACCCCCAACACCCAAGGCUAGAACAUCUAGUGAAGAGCAGCUGCUACAUGCAGAUACACUGUACAACCUUCAACACUUCACAUUCGACACACUCUGUACAUAAUUUUAUGUGAUGUAUAUCUACUUUUUUUUUUUACCAAUUAUUAUUAUAAUACAUCAUACAGUGACAAAGUUAAUAAAUGUCUAAUAUUAUAUAAAUAAUCAAACAAUCAUCCAUUGAACAUAGUACAUAUUAAUUAGGUAUGUUUGAAGGAUAAAUACUGUGUGUGCCGCAUUAUUUACUUUCAUAUGACUGUAUAGUAAGGAUUAUGUGCUAUCAAAGCGUUCAAAGGGUUCAUUACACUGUUCCUGACUCACACCGCUACUGAAAUGAAUGCACUGUUACAUUUUAUUGGAUGUAAAGGUUAUAGACUAAUGUUCUCUUCGGUUCCAUUUUUUUUUAAAAGGAUUUUUAGAAAUAUCAAAUAAAUUGCUGAUAUUGCAACCUGGGAUCAUAGAAGGAUUUUUCUGUUCAAUGCAAGCACAUAACAUUUAAAAAAAAAAAACAUUUUUUUAACAUGAACAUUAACAUUUUUACUAUUACUAUUAACAUUAACAUUUACAGAAUUUUACUGUAAAUGAUUGAGCAGUUAGAGCAAUGCACUGGUUUGCAGUAACACUUCAGAAUAUGCAAAGCUAAGAUCCUUUAAAAGGAUUGAGAAAAAGUCUAUUGUUUCAACAUCUGAAAAAUAUUAGUAAGUCAUCGUUUGUGUGCUUUGUUAUAAGGAAUAUUUUAGCCAAAAGAAACUGUCUAUUAUGUGCCUUUUAAAAAAAAAUGGUUUAUUAAAGCACUGAAAUUUGGGUUUUAGUACAAGUUCAUUCAGCUGUAGAUGUGGUUGAAGGUCAUGAGGUCGAAUCCUAGCAACACCAAACUCCUGUGGUCUUACUUUAAUAUACACUGUCUCAGUUCUAUGGAGUUUUGAAUAAAUUCGUGAAUGAGUUAUAUUUUAUUGAUUUUUAGUUUCUACAGUUUCUACUAUAUUUACAAGUAUAUUUACAAGGAUAUUUACAUAUUAAGUCAUUUAUAUUAUAUUAUUAAAAACACUAUAAAGAUCAGAGUAAUUAAAUCAAAGUAGCACAUGUAAGACAGUAUGUUACAAUUUAUAAGUAAUUAAUGUAAUUAUAAUACUUUAUUGUCCUUAUUUUACUAUAAUGAAUUCAGGAAUAAUACUGAUGCUUUUUUUUUAAGUUGCUCGAAAAAUCCUGGUUACACAAUUAACAAAUAGUACACUAGUUUUAAGUCUGGUUCCUCUUAAGGUUUCUUCAUCAUAUCCUCUAUUUAUUUUUGCCGCAGUUGACUCUGGUUUGCCAAAAUGCGAUAAAUAUAAACUAAAGUUUUAAACUUCUAUUACUUCUAUCUAUCAUUUUAUAUUCCCAU